AUGAUGUCAAGGAAGCAUGGGCAGAUCGACUUGACGUUGCCGGCCAGUGGCAGGGAAUUCCCUGCGGGCCUGGAUGAGAGAGGGGAGCCGUUUGACAAGAAGAGCGGUCUUGGAAACACCCUUUUCAAGCAGGCUGUCAAGUACAAAGCCCGCUCACCCUUUUCGGCAUUGUCUGGUGCUGGUGACUUCUUCCUCACACCAUCCGAUCUAUCCAAGAACUGCAGGAACGUUCUGCACUUGGAUUUGAACGCCAUUCCAACGGUAGCAUGCCCGCUGACCGGCGCGGACGCAAGUAGAGACCUCGAGGCCACCAACAGUUGGAUUCUGGACUUCAUGAUCCAUGGACAACGGAAGUACCUCUGGGAGGACAAUGGCAUCAAUGCCACACGUGCAUGGAAGCUGAUUGAAGAGUUUGUGCAGAUUCUGAAGAAGGCUGUGAAAGCGAUGAAGGCUUUUGCACCUGAAGACGACAUCGUGCUGACCACCAUGACGCAACUUGCCAAGGUGCGCGGGCAGCAAAUUGCAGAUCUCGUUCUCACGUUAUCGUUGAUUGCUAAGAACUGGGGCGAGCCUCCCAGGACCUGCCGGGAGCUGUCAGACCCCGGCAGUGUGACAUUUAACUCUUUGGACAGUGUGGCUGAGCAGCCGUCCAGCGAGAAGAGUCUUGCGUAUCUGUACCAGAUCCACGAGAAAUGCUUGAUCUUAGCAUGCAAGACGGUGCGACUCGCUCAAGCCGAGUCCUGGUCAGAGAUUCUGCAGGCGUGGAUGAGGCUGAGGAGGCCGGCGACUGACGAUGUGCCAGAAAAGGCCACGUUAGUCUUCACGUCGAUGCUGGCAAGCGUUCUUCGAAAGGCAGCCAUUGCCAGAGGCGGAGAUUCGGCUCGGUCCGAUUGCCUGAUCGAGAUAGCUGAUGCGGAGCAGGUGCUGCCUGGCUCCCAUGAUUCUGCUUGGGCUUCCAAAGUGAAGGUCGUUUUGCAGCCAGUGAUGCGGCGGUUUGGGCCCGUGCUGGAUGUCCGUGUUCCGACAGGCGAGGAGCGGCCUAUUGUUAGCAUUCGCUUUGCUAACCCCAAGGGCGCAGAGGCUGUGAUGGUCGCAGCCUCACAGGGCUUCUUGGCCGUGGGAGAAUCAGAAGUGCGGGUAUGCCAGCCUUUGUCGAAGGAGGCAGUUUGGCGGACGUUUCCGCCAGCCAGACGGCGACCCGUGCAACAGGGUGAGCCCAAGAAAAAAAGACUUCGUCCCAACGAGCGCUUUGCGCCACCCCGCAUGCCGCAGGUGGAGGUGGAAGAAGAGGAUGUGCCUCCAAAGGUUGAGGCCCCUCCUCAGGCAACGCCAGAUCCGAAGCCUCCUACAGAGCCUCAGCUACAACAUCUACCUCCGGAACCGCCCAGGCCGAGUCCAACAUCGGCUGGUGACGAUGAUACGGAGGAGGACAGAGAAGUGGCAGCUGGUGAGGCGGAGGUUGCCAAAGCCAUGGCGGCUUUGUUGGAUCAGCCCUUCUCUAAACAGAAGAAGGUGCUCAAGUCCAUUCGGCUGCAAUGGCAUCCGGACAAGUGCUCUUGGCAUUGGUCAGGCUUAGCCGAAACUGUGGACCAAAGUGUGAGCCGCGUGCCAGGAACCCUGAACAGGCGGCCAUUGCCACACGAGUCUUCCAGUUUGUGCAGGCGCACGACCACUGGCUGGCGCAUCAUGGCUUGGGCUGAUGGCUGA